CUGAACGCCGCCCACUGAGAAACCAAAGGCAUCGUUGAACACACAGGGGAGUGCUAAGUCUGGAUAAAACACUGGAUCAGUGGAGUUGUUUCCUUUGUGUAAAGUGAACGAGUAGCAUGUUACAUAACUAGCUAAUCACCUUGUGUAUAAUACCAAGAAGGUCGGUAGAUGAAGCAGGUCGGUUCCGGUUGUUUUGUUCGAGGUAAAUAGAGUUAGCGGCUGUUGUUGUUGUGGCCUGCAAUACGAUAGCUUUGCUAAACUAGCUGUUAGCUUCCGCUGGUUUCUGGAGCUCUACUCGCCUCUCAUCCACAAAACGGAGUUGGAAAUGGCACAUAUCUGCUAGUAACUCAGAAGAACUGGUUUACCUUUUGAAGGGAGGUGUGGUUUUGGCCAGGGACCAGCAAGUUGUUCCCCAGCUAUGAAAACCUCCACUCACUGAUUGAUAUCCCUGAAAAAUGGAGUUGUACUGGUACAUAGUUGUUAUCAUAUUUAUCAUCAUCAAGAUAUUCUUCUAUGUCUGCUGGUACCGAUCGAGACAAAGGCAACUGGCAGCGUACCUGAGCAACCCACGCAAUGCUCAAAUUGUCAUUGUUGGAGGAAGGGCCUACCUUCACCAGAUGUGUGAGAGACAGAGUCAAACGUCUGUGUGGCCGAGUUGGUACGGUGUUCAGGAUGACCUGUCAAUAGAAGAGCCCUCGACAGCCCUGCCACCAGCUGCAUCCUUCUCCCACUUGGACAUGCCACCACCAUAUGAGGCUGUGUCUGGAGAGGAUGAUCUGAAGCCCCCUCCCUACAGCGAGUGUGCACAUGGUGAUGAGGCCGACGCUGCACGUCCCUCCCGUCUCACUCCUCUAAUUUCUGAGGGAGGCCUGGACACCAUUAGUGUAAACGAAGCUCCUCCCCCCUACACGCCGUCUCCUUCAACACAAAUCAGUCAACAGGGCGGCCCAAUGAGCCACAGCGAGACCCCAGCCAGGUCCACCUAAUCAAUCCCUGAUGCCAGUUUGCCUUUUCCAUGCACUGCCUUCCUACAUUCAACCUCAGUGAUUGUUGCCAGCCUAACUCUCAGCACACGAGAGCUGUUUAUUUGAAUGCGACUGUAUGUGUGUGCGAGUUUAUAUGCGUGCGUAUGUGUGUUCUUCUGUGGUUUUUAGAGUUGUGUUUUUCUACCUUCUAUUGUUUUAAGAAGUUUUCACCUGAUGAGUUUGGUUAUAACAGAUGACAUCAGCAAGCCUGUGUGCCUCAGUCUGGACCGCAGAACCUGCCUCGUAGCUAGGAUGAGGAGAUUACCCAUGACCUCUGAGGUCGGCGAGAAUCAGUGAGUCACGUUAGCAGAGAGAUUUCAAAUGUGCUUUUCUUAUUGUUAAGAUUUAUUUCUUCCUGAAGCCACUUCCUUUCAUAGAUCUAACAUGGCUGAACAUCAACACGCUGUGGCCAUCUCCCUCUCAAGUCACACUCGGUGUAGAAAGCGCAAAUGCUGUUAAACUGUUGUUACACAACUUUGGUUUAAAUGUGAGGAAUCAUGUUGAAGUUUCACUACUUCCUGGAUUGAUUGAAGGCUUUAUAUGUGAUUUUUCACACUUAGAUGUAAUAGAAAUCAAGUAAAUCCUCUGAAAAUAACUCUGUGAGUCAUGACUGUCUACAAUGGGUGUAACACCAGAGUCCCACUGUCUGUGAUGCUUUCAGAGUUUUCAGAGUCCUAUCUUCAGUUUGUUUACAUCGCCCGGACAGCUGACCGGCUCAUCCCCUCGUGUAUAAAAGUUGUUUAAUUGAGGAACUAGAGAAAAGAAGAAUAACAUACUGUACUCACUGCUUAACUGUGUUUCUAGAUCACGCUCAUUUCAGGUAAAUUUACAUGCAGUGUGGAGAUACGAGCAUAAUAAAGAUUGCUAGCAUUAGCAUGCUAACACAACAAUGCACCGCAAGUUGUUUUGGUUUCAUGCUGGUGCUCGAGGGCGACAUCUGCUGGAUCAAAAAAUCGCAUAUAAAGCCUUUAACAACUAAAAAGUCAGACAAAUUUAAAAUCCAGAGGUCAAUUGCACGCUUUAACACCAUAAGCCAAUGUUAGAAAAAGUAAUAUAUUAUAAUAUUCAACUGCUGUCUACUGAGCAUUAUCACACAGUGUUGAAAGGGUCUGAAUGAGUCUGCUGCUGUUAGCAAGCUAAAUGUCAAGCUAGCUAAAACAUGCUAACAUAACCUUCAGUCACCUGGCUGUUAAACCUAAAUAUUAACUUGUUGUAUUACCGUGAAACAUGGCCUGAUGUCCCUUCACAUCUUCACUAUCAAGUGUCGUCUUGGUUGCUGUUAAACUGGGAAGUUUAACAUUUUAGCAAUUUGUUAGAUUCUCUACAUUUAUAUGAUUUGCAGAAUUGUAAUACAACAGGACCACUAACGGCUGCUGUAUGUCGAACUGACUCAUUUUCACUUUUGGGUAAUGAGAAGAAGCUCAGCAGUGUUUAAUUCAUUCUCCGAAGACACACUAUGUGUUGCACAUUUCCUCGUCUGUAUCUGGUUCUCGACAUUGUCUGAAAAAACGUACUUACAGUCUGUAAUUUAAAAAAAAAACAAAAAAAAAAACUGUGUAGAUGGUCUAAUUAGAAAUCUGGCAAACCGCUGAAUACAUUUUCACACAAUUAAUUAUCUCAACUUUUCUAAACUAUUUCCACUCUCAACACUUCAUUAAUACAGCGUACGUGUUAUUGAAGACAAAGUUUGUUGACUGAGAAAUAUUUGAUAAUGAAUGUGCUAAAUGUAAAAGUAAUGACCUCAUUAGCAUCGCUGCCUCCGUCGAAUAUAUCACGUUGAUUAGACCGGCACAUUAGGCAAUUCUAGUGCCUAUUAGAUCUGUGAAUGGAAGUGAGCCAGGACAAGUUGAUGAAAGAAAUGAACACCUUGUGGCAGCAGAAGAGACAUUAUUCUAUGUUGAUUAUCAGUUGUGCUGUCUUUUAUCCAUUGUGUUAUUAUCAUGUACAUACCAGAAACACAUAUAGGACUCAAAAACGUUUUGCAAUUGGGGGAAAAAAAAGAUGAUUCUAAUCCCACAAUAUGUAUGAAAACCAAUUGUUCUGUCCAGCUGUAAGAUAAUCAGAGGAUGAAUUUUAUUGAUGAUCUGAAAUAUGAAAAACAUCCAAUAAGAAAUAUAUUUAACAAUCCUUAAAAUGUAUAACAAUUCCCUCCUGCAGCCUGCAAAGAAAAAAACAAAUUGGGAACCGAAGGUGGAAUUGAUUGUCCUUUAAAACUUUAAAAGUCAUCCACAUUACUCAGAUAUUACUUUGUUUUUCUUAAGAAUUAUUGCAAAAUAAAGACUAACCAAAAAUG